ACAUGACUUUUUCUGAGUUUGUUAUUUUCAAAGUCGAACGAAACUAAAAUGCCGGAAUCCCGUGACGAAAUCUGCCAGCUUAUGGACAAGCUCCUGUUGCACUCCCUCGAUCUAAUGGAGCAGGAGGUCAAGCUGAAAACCACCAUCGAAGCCAUCGCCAACGACGGCCAGCUGGAUUUGGCUCACACUCGGUUCACGAAAGGUGCCACCGCGGUAUCGGCCGUGCAACUCCCCACCGAGGAUUACAAACCCUUUUCGGCGCUGAACACCGUCGCAGAGGGAAAGGACGACCUGGAUAAUCCGCAGCUGGACUUGGAGCGGAACCAGGUGGACAAGGAGGAGGGUCGGAUCGAUCCAAUCCGGUGGUUUGGGAUUUUAGUUCCGGCCAGCCUGCAGAGUUCACGGAAAAAGUUUGUCCAGUCGCUGGAUUAUGUGGUUGAGUGUGCGAAUGUGCAGAUUCAGCUGAAGAAUGCGCUGUUGAGUUAUGAAAAGUUGAAUAAAAUGAAAUCGGAGUUGUAAACGUGAUGCUGUAGAAAUAAGUUUUACAAAAAAAUGUAAUAAAAUUAAGUAUUAUAAUUUUCA